AUGUUGAUUUUAUUUUCAAUCAUCGUCGCACUUCUGUUGCUGUUGGAUUUUGUCAAAAAGCGUCCAUUGGGCCGGGCAUCCUGCGCGAUUCCAACGCUGCAUCCGUGCUAUCCGCUGCUGGGAAACUCACUGCUGUUGCUAGGAAAAAGUGAACAAAGGCGAUUUGAAAGCCUCGCCGAUGUGUACAGAAAAACAAGUCGCGUCCAAAAAUGUUGGCUUGGUCCCCAGCUGCUGUAUGCCGUAGCUCAUCCGGAUUUAGUGCAGAAAAUUCUCACUGACCCAAACUGCUGUGAAAAGCCGUUUUUCUAUGACUUUGUCAACCUGAAGCAUGGUUUGUUCUCCGCAAAAUAUAAAUUGUGGAAACCAUAUCGCAAAUCUUUAAAUUCGACGUUCAAUGCAAAAAUUCUGCUUAGUUUCAUUGCGAUUUUCGAGAAGUGUGCUCGCGAUAUGGUUGUAAAGAUGCGGCCUUAUUCUCACGGAUCGCCAGUGGAUAUUUUACAGUUCACUUCCGAAUGUACACUGGAGAUGGUUUGUCGAACCACACUGGGAACCGAAGCUUUGGAAAGAAAGGAAAAGGCAGAGUUUCUGAACAACCUGCGGAUAUUAUUUAGCAAAGUUGCCACCCGUGUAAUCAGUGUUGAGUUGUACAGUGAUACAAUUUACAAACUAACAAGCGGUUACUACGAGGAAAAACGUACGCGAAAGUAUUGUUUGAAUUAUGCUUACCAGAUCAUCGCUGAAAGACAAUCCAGCCUGCGACUGCAAUCUAGCAGCACAGAUUCUGAGGACGGAUAUGAAGACAGAACCCCCAAAAUAUUUAUUGAUCAAGUACUCUCCAUGGCCACCUCCGAUGAAACGGAAUUCAACGUUCAGAAUCUUAGUGAACAAAUACUCACCAUCAUUGCAGCCGGACAUGAUACCUCCUCACAGAUGGUGGCCCACACUUGUCUAUUUCUAGCAAUGUUUCCGGAACUCCAGGAACAGAUUGCCGUCGAAAUACAAACUUUGCUGCCAUCCGGUGAGGCUGAAAUAAGCCCAGAGAUACUGCAACAGAUGACAGCGUUGGAUAAAUUUCUUAAGGAAAGCAUGCGUUUAGCGCCGGUUGGGCCGAUAAUCGCUCGCACCAAUAUGGUGGAUAUAGAGCUGGACGGCGCUCACAUUCCACAGGGAAACAUUUUUCUGUUCAAUUUUUAUACUCUUCAUAGGCGGAAGGAUUUCUGGGGACCGGAUGCAAACCGCUUUGAUCCGAAGAAUUUUACGUCGGAGCGCACGAAAAAAAGGCAUCCGUUCGCUUACUUGCCUUUUAGUGGCGGGUCUCGAAAUUGCAUCGGUGCCCGGUAUGCUAUGUAUAGCACGAAGAUAAUGCUGGUGUAUGUUGUUAGGAAUUUUCGGCUCAGCACGGAUAUUAAAUUUGAAAAUUUACGGUACUUGCUAGAUAUUACCCUGAAUUUGGCUUUCGAGCAUCUGGUCAGGUUGGAGCAGGUGGUUCUGAUGUUGGUGGUGAAGCGUUCUUACGUGCACGUAUCGUUUGAGUUUUACGAAAUAUCAGCAGUUUACGUGCUUUUUCACACCGAAAAGAUAGGGAUAUCGGGUGCUCAACUGACUUUUACGUCACAAUAA